AUGGCAGUACCUGGGUAUUACGAACUAUAUCGUAGAAGUACUAUAGGGAAUAGUUUGGUGGAUGCUCUAGAUACUCUAAUUAGUGAUGGGAGGAUAGAAGCUUCAUUGGCUAUGCGUGUACUAGAGACGUUUGACAAGGUUGUGGCAGAAACAUUGAAGGAUAACACCCAAUCCAAGCUGACGGUAAAGGGUAAUCUUGACACAUAUGGGUUUUGUGAUGAUGUUUGGACUUUCAUUGUGAAAAAUUGUCAGGUUACUGUUGAGGACAGUAAUCAUGAUGCUUCCCAGAACGGGUCUGGAGACAGCCAGAGUGUUAUUUCCGUCGACAAGUUGAGGAUCGUCGCAUGCAACUCAAAGAAGAGCGAAUAG